UAUAUUAUUCAGUGUAUUCUUAUCUAAUCCAGCUACUGCUGGUCAUUUUGUGUUCUAUGCUUCUUUCUAAUUCAAAACAUUUAUAGGCCACUUGAUCUUUGUGACACAAUAACUUCAAUUCCGGAUGCACUUCCCGUUGGUUACCCGGGAUCACAUACAAAUGUGUUAACACUUCCGAACCAUCACGGUUCAAUUAGUCCUGCUCUUCCAACUUCAAAUGUGAACCCAAGGUUAUCAGGUUCUCCUGGUAUGGUACUAGGAAGCAGUUUGCCGUCACCUUCAACAUUGAAUGCCCCGUCUAGGUAUCGUGUGCCUAGACCUACCUCUUUACAGGGCGACGAACAACAAAGAAUUCAGUAUACUCAUAUGGUUAAUGGCAGAAAUCUUCAGCAGCCUGGAGUUUCUGUUCCUGGUGUGUUGCCCGCUGGAGUUGAUCGUGGUGUUCGAAUGAUGCCUGGUGCUAAUGGUAUGGGAAUGAUGACUGGACUUGCUCGAUGUGCACCUGUUGCAAGGCCGGGUUUCCCAAGGAUUGGUUCCCCAGGAAUGCGAAAUAUGGUUUCAUCUGGAAACAUGCUAUCCAGUGGUCAAGGCAUGCAAAACUCGGUAAAUCUUCACCCUGGUUCUGUACCUGGCCCUGGAAAUACGAUGUUGAGGCCACGUGAUCCGAUGCAGAUGCUUCGGCCUGGCCAGAAUUCGGAAGAGCACAGACAAAUGAUGGUGCAGGAGUUUCAGAUGCAAGUUCCACAGGGGAAUAGCCAGGCUAUCCAUUUCAGUGGCACACCAUUUCCCCAUGCCGGAACAUCUUCACCUGUUCAGUCAUUUCCUGUUCAGCAGUCCCAACCACAUCAGAUGCCACAACAGGCACACAUGUUUGGAAAUACGCAGCACUCUCAUAUCCGAGGGGCAAACCAGUCAAGCCCACAGCAUCAGGCUUAUGCACGGUUAGCUAAAGAGAGACACAUUCAACAAUCCAUGAUGUCCCAACAACAGCACCCACUUUCUGCAGCUAGUGCAGUGCCAACUGUGCAGAAUGGUUCACAAACGCAGCCACAAUCUGCUGUCAAUGCUGUCCCAUCUUCACAAUCGCAGCAUAAGAAGCAGCACCCGACGCAACAUCCACAAGAUAGCUCAGUUCCUCCCAAUCAGCCUGCCAAUAGUACAUCACAUAAGCAGAAGAAGCAACAGGCUCAGCAGCAGUCAAGACAAAACCAACAGCAACGGCAUCAAGGUAGCCAGCAAGCUAAGCUAGUGAAGAGCUUAGGCCGAGGGAAUAUGACGCAGCAGAAUCCUUCAGUUGAUGGUACUCAACUCAGCGGCAUUCCUGCAACCUCAAAAAACCAAGUCUCUGAUACAAAUAUGAUGCAGCAGGCCCCAGCGUAUUUUACUGGUAAUAAGGGAUUGAUUCCAUCAGUGCCUCGGCCUGGGAAUCAACCAAAAAUGUAUGCUUCUCAUACGCCGCAGUCACCAAUACAAUCAUCAGAUAUUGGUAAUCAAGGUUCAAUACAGGGUUCUUCAAUACAGGGUUCUCCCAACCAGACCUUGUUAGCUUCCCAACAAGCUCCAGUUCAUUCAUCAUCGCAAUUGGCUACACAACAGCAGCAACAACAGCGGCACAUGAAUCCAUCACAUAAUAAUAUCCAAAGAUUGAUGAUGCAACAAAACCGCCAUAUGAACAGCAAUGUUAGGAUCGAGUUGCCUGUUGAUCAAGUCAAUCAGGUAAUUCCGUCUACAUCAGUUGCAAGGAGUACAGACUCAGGUAGCCCAGGUGUUUCAUCUAUACAACAUCGGAAACAGGAUUCAUCUCAAGAUCCAACUGCUGUUGCCUCGACCUCGCAGCUAGCUAGCUCGCCUCAAGAUAGCUUUGUUGGAAAUGAAGCUUUCUUGUCAGCACCUAACCAAGGCAUGCUGCAAAGGCAAAUGUCAGGGGGUGUUCCUAUACAUGGAAAUGUUAUUGGCACCCAGCGGCAGCAACAGCAGGCUCGGCUGCAACUUCAAACUCAGCAGCAGCAGCAGCAGAGACCUGAUGUUCAAGGCUUAUAUGCUCAUCCUUCAAAUUCGGGAGCAGGAUGAUGAUAUAAUCACUCCAGGUUGAUAUCUUCUGCAGAACAUUGCUUUCUGUUGUAAAGUUACUGUACAGGUCUUACGUACCGUGGAAGCCGCUCAGAUGAUAGCGCACCGCAUCCCCUAACUCUGAAGCUAAUUGUAGUUACCUCAAUGUCAGGUAGAUAAUUGUUUCUGUUCCAUUUUGGCACCACCUUACAAGCAGCUUGGUUCUAGAUUGCUGGAGAUAGCUCUUGUAACGGCGAAUUCCUUUUGUUGUUGAAUUCUAACUCUAAUUUGGGUCCAGCUGUAUAUUUGUCUACGGGGUCCAUGUUGGUAUAAACAGUCUUCUUUUGUAUAAGCCUGUGCAUUUAGCUCACAAGUUAGUGCAUGCAAAAGUCUUCCUUCGGCGUGGACGUCUUCAUACCCAUAUCCAGAAGUUCUAACUCGCAAGCCCUUCUUGCAACAUGGUCAGCUGUCGAUGACUUGGUUCUCUUUGAGAAUCCAUCCAUUGGGAAGCCUUGCAAGUUUGAUGUGGCAGGCUUGGUUUCUUUUGUGCCGGUGAAGUAUGUUCUACUUUCCUUGUGAGUAGUUGGGAUGGCCUUUUGUAGCAAAGUUAAGAUGAUUAGUUAAUAAGAAGAAAGGUGUGCACACGAAAGGUGUACACGUAUUAUUGGGUUUGAAACAAACAGCUGUUUACGUAUUGGUGACCGGCGGUGUUGA